AUUACUGAAUUAAAAAAUCUAGGAGAAGUAAGUGAAGAAGAGGAAGCUGAAUUUAAGCAAGAAGCAACAGAAAGAAUUCACCAAAUAUUGUUGGCACUCCCAUUGGACUGGACCAUUGGACCUAUUGGACCAUUGGACUGGACAUGUCCAG